AUGGCUGCACACAAGACGUCCGCGGUGGCGGACGAGCCCAUUGAUGUCCUCUUUGCCCUGCACCCCAAGUUCGAUCUCCUCGACUUUGCCGGGCCAAUGGAGGUUUUCACCUCGGCUCAGCACGACCCCAAGGACGAAUCCUCCAAAGCUUUCGAAGUGACUCUUGCUGGCGCUGAGCCCAAGGUCCUCUCCUCCCAGGGAGCCAUCAUUGGCUCUCAAAUCUCCUUCAAGGAAGCACACGAACGUCUCGAGGAGUUUGAUGUCCUCGUUAUUCUCGGCGGCAACUCGGAUGAGAUUCUCGCCAAGGACGCUGAGCCACUUGGCCUCAUCAACAAUUUCGCCGAGCUGCAGAAGAAGGAUCCUGCUCGUGAGCGCACACUCUUCUCCGUGUGCACGGGAUCCCUCUUCCUCGCCCGGGAGAAUAUCCUUUCUGGCCUCUCUGCCACCACCCACCCCGACUACAUGACCAAGUUCGAGAUUGUUUGCAGCGAAGCUGCCACCCGCAACAUGACUGAGCGUACCGACGUCGUCGAAGACGCCCGAUACGUCGUCAAUAACCUCCGCUUCGAUCUCGGAGAUGAGGACGAAAACCCAUACAUCCGUCGCAAGUCUGACUCUGGGCGACGACCCUCAAAUGCUCGAAAGGGCAGCAUGUCCUUCAAGGGCUCCAACUCCCGCCGCGAAUCCAUUGCCCGCCGCGCAGCCAUGCGCCUCGGUGGUCUCAGGGUCAUCACGGCUGGGGGAGUCAGCGCUGGCAUCGAUGCGGCUUUGUAUCUUGUCAGCGCUUUGGUCGAUGAGGAAUGCGCGGUGGAGGUGGCCAGGCUCACUCAGUGGACCUGGAACAAGGGCGUUGUCGUCGACGGUCUCGACGUCUAA